AUGAUUAAAUCAAUAUUAAUGAGGAAUAUUAUUAGAAAUUAUACAAUUCAAUUACCUAAAGAUCAUCAUUCAAUUUAUGUAAAACCUAAAUUAUCUCAAUUUGGUCAUGCUAUUUAUAAUACUUUUAUAAUUUCUUUUAUAACUUAUAUUGGUUUAAAUGUUUUAUGGACUCAUCUUGAAUCAAAUGAUGUUAAAAAUUCACUAGAGUUGAAAUCUCAAAAUUUAGAACUGCAAAUUCAAAAUGUUGUAAAUUUAAAAAAUGAAGAAUUAAAAGCUAAUGAAUUGAAAUAUAAUGGUCAUUGGUACAAGAAAUUGAAAUUUUGGUAG